UUCUCCGAUUUGAAUAUUGAGUCAGAUAACGUGGACGCAGAUGCCAUCUGGGCUCGUAUGACUCUGAGAGAACGUCGAGAUUUUCAUCGGUUUUUGACUUCAGGUGCGGUAGCCAGUUAUUUACCGGUGUGGGAACCUUGGUGGCUCCAUUCAAAAGCAAAUAUUGAAGUAAUUCCUUCUCAAUCAGAGGCGGGAAUAGCGAAAAUUACUUCUAAACGAAAUACUCCAAUGCCUUUGAAGAAGAUUUAUCCUUCUGGAAAACUACCUCACAAAUCGGUAUCGUUCGUUUUAACUGAGGUAAUUCUGGUGCACACUUUCCUUUGUCGAUUAUACAAUGGCGAUUGUCUGGACUUGAUGCACGAGUACCUAAUGCGAUUGCACCAACUCGCUCCAUCGCUUUGCUCUUUAUCCGGGCGUUCGGUACCAAAGCGCCACUCAGCCACCGGGGAAGACAGCAAGAACCGCACGAUUGUCCUUACUCCAUCAUCCGCUCGACCUGCUCCGGGGUACACCAAUCUUUCACAAGUGUUAGGUGCUCUGCAACUCCGUAUGAGUAACUUCAGACUACCUUGUAGCCCGCAGGUGCUCAUCGUCCUUCUUGGUGACUUGCAUGCCGUACUUUCAAAUGAUGAUCAUUUGUUUCGCUUGUUUGCUGAGUUGUUGGACCUAGUUCGUUCGGCACGUAAACAGUUGCAAUUUGAAGAUGAUGAUGAAGCUCCAAUUUCGCAAUCUCAAAUUCAGGCUAUGUAUAAGAAAUUACAGUUUCUACAAGCGUGUAUCAAUCCGUCCGACCCAGACGCGCAAUUGUGGCGCAAGUCAGUACUAACAACACUGAAAUCACAAACAACAAUGGAAUUGUGUCGACAUGUGUCGGAUUUCAAUCCCGAUCGUGUCGUCCCAAAAGAUCCCUGUAGUCCAGCAGCCGGGCCUAAUUGGCGCCACAUGAUUCGUUCGGUUUGUCGUGAUGGAGAACCACUAAUCAGAGACUUGGAUGAGAAAGCACAAAGCACAUAA